GUGAGUGUGAAGCCAGGGGCUGGGCAGGGAUGAGAGCGGCCGGAGACGCGGCAUCACCAUGCAGCCGACUAUCAUCUCGUCUUGCCGUCCAUUUUACACCACAUAGAAUUAUGAAAUCUGCCGUCAGCUCGUGCCCAUUUUUGCAGACAGCGACCUUCCCAUCCCAGCGAUGACAAUAUAGGCCGACUGUAGGGAAUGAAAACGCUCCCAAGAUGGUCCGCGUCACAAACGCCCUGGGUUUAGUUAUUCUCAGCGUCGCUCUCUUCAUAUUGUCGCUCAUCAGUUACGUGUCGCUAAGGAAGGACAGCUUCUUCACCUCUUCUAAAUAUGACAUGGGAGGUCCGAGAAUCAUGUUCCAUGCAGGAUUUCGGUCUCAGUUUGCCAUGAAUUUCCUGAACCCGUCCUUCAUCCCGUUAAGCAAUGUGCUGAAUGAAGAGCUUCAAGGGAAACCCUCUAAAUGGAAAUUCAACAGGACUGCAUUUUAUCAGCAAAGAAAGGAGAUCUUCAGCUACAUUGACAUCGCCAACAACUUCUCCCUUACCAAGAAUAGUGUCCGCGUGGGCCAGCUGAUGCACUUUGACUACUCCAGCCACAAAUAUGUCUUCUCCAUCAGCAACAACUUUAAGUCUCUGCUCCCAGACACCUCUCCUAUUCUCAACAGGCAUUACAAUGUGUGCGCCGUGGUAGGCAACAGCGGCAUCCUUACAGGCAGCCAUUGUGGCUCUGAAAUUGAUCAGGCCGACUUUGUCUUCCGCUGCAACUUCGCACCAACUGAGAUCUACUCUAAGGAUGUGGGCAGGAAGACCAACAUGACCACCUUUAACCCCAGUAUCUUGGAGAGGUAUUACAACAACUUGCUGACAAUUCAAGACAGGAAUAACUUCUUCCUCAACCUGAAGAAGCUGGAGGGAGCCAUCCUGUGGAUCCCUGCCUUCUUCCUCCACACCUCAGCCACAGUGACCAGAACCCUGGUGGACUUCUUUGUGGAGCACAAGGGCCAGCUGAAGGUUGAACUGGCCUGGCCAGGCAACAUCAUGCAGGAUGUCAAUAAAUACUGGAAGACUAAAAACCUGGCUCCCAAGCGGCUCAGCACUGGAAUCCUCAUGUACACUUUGGCCUCGGCCAUGUGUGAGGAGAUCCACCUCUACGGCUUCUGGCCCUUUGGCUGGGACCCCAACACAGGCAAAGAGCUGCCCUACCACUACUAUGACAAGAAAGGGACCAAAUUCACCACCAAGUGGCAGGAGACCCACCAGCUGCCCAGCGAGUUCAAGCUGCUCUAUAAGAUGCACGGGGAAGGCGUGACCAAACUCAGCCUGUCACACUGCACUUAGACAUUCUGCUGGCGCCAGGCGUCGGGUGCGGACGGUUAACAGGUGACUCCAGAGACCGUGAUCCAAAUACAUCAGCUCAGCUCAAACUUUUGUUGUGACGCAGACCUGCAAUGCAUGAUAAGGCAUUUCAUGACACCCUCAUUCUAGAAACGCACACACACACGACGCCAACACUGCAUCUAGCCUCAAUCACAUGGUCAUUCGCACGAAGCUGUCGGGGUUACACGGGAUGUAAAUUAUGGACUUAUCACAGCUGUGUUGUUACUCCUUUGGUAAUGUUGUGUUCGAUACUACAGAUUAGACGUGCUGCUCACUUGCCUCCCAUUGUUGUCCUUUGCAUGGCUGCCGGUAGUGGCUGAAGAGCUUGAAUAGAACAAACAUCGUCUAUCCUAACUGGAGUCCACAGGAGAUUCAACUGUAAUAAUAAAAUCUUCCCAAUUCCGUUUGUGAGAGAGAACACAGUAUUGAUUGAGGUAUAAUGUUACCAUUAAGCCUUUUACAAAGAUAUACUGAUUCUGUACACUUUAAUCACUGCCUAAUCUCAGGGAGGGAGUUAGAUCAGUGUUUUUUGCAAUCAGAUUCAGUGCCUCAGUAGAGGUGCAAAUCCUGUUUUCAGUCCUUUUUUUCCCACUGGGUGUGUCAGUCUGCACUGCUCUGGAAGACGGCAUUUGUUUACAAUGCUGUGCCCUACACCUGUAUGUCUUUUAUUGCCCUGAGGAGGGUGCGCUUCAAAUUUUAAGAUUCUUCAGAUUUGGAAAAUAUUAUCAACAUUCCUACAACAAGCCAUAGAUGCAUCUUAUUUUUGGUGGAAGUAUAGUAUCUUAUCAUUGUAAUAGAGAGUUUUAGAAAAAGGUAUAGGCCUAAAUGAGUUUCUGAGACUAUAAGACAUAUAAAAAUAUAUUCAAAAACACUGCAAGGAAAUACAGUUUAUCUUACAUUUUGGACACUCAGCAUAAAAAAAAAAAAAUAUUUCAACUAUACUAACUGGAUGACAAAUUGUUGUUCACUACUCUUAUACUCUUAUUCAACCACAAAAAAUGACAGAUUGUAUCCAGUACAUUAGUUAUCACAGAGCUUUUGUUGACAAAGGGAAAAUUUAUUUAUUAAUCACAUAACCAUAUCAUAGCCAAUACUUGACAUAACUCCCAGAAACUCACUCUACAUAACUAUAUCACUUCUAAUAUUACUUAAAUCAGAGAAAUUAACUGUUUAUCUAUUGCAUCUUGUUUAAAGAGCAUGAUCCAUUAUUUAAAUGGCAAUGCAUGCGAGAAGCACUAACAAAUCUUUCAGGCUAGUUUUAUACAACCUUUUUGAAGAUUGUUUUGAGGGUAAAACUGAGUUCUUUGCUAUUGUUUAUAUCUCUGAUGAUAUUCCUUAGAAUAUCACUAGUGACUUUAUAUGAGAGAUGUUUCAAGGAAAACAAAUGAAAAAAAAUAUCUAUUCCUAUAUUCCACAUGGGACCAAAUCUCUAUUGCUCAUUUUGUCUCAAACAAAACAGAAAAGAACAGACUUUAUUUUUGUAUCUGUAGAUUUAUCUCGGCUUCUCCAACAAAAGGCAAGCCUAUCAUGCCAAACUGAACUUGGGCUGGGCUCGUGGGUUGGGUUGGUGACGAAGGAUGACUGGGCCCAAACAGUGAUAGCCAGCCACAUGACGGCCUCAUGACUUGCAGCACGUGUUCAUGCUGAAUUUUAAGCUUAGAGGAGAGUUUUAACACACACACACACACACACACACACACACACACAGAGGGGUGCAGUCAUUUCAGAAGAGGCGCGGCUUUGUGCUUGUUCAGCUUUAGCAUGGUAGGGAUAUGAAUCCUUGUCGCUCGUCAUAUCGUCUCACACACCUUUCUCCAUCUGUGCUGGCAAACACAAUGCACCCAUCAACAGGAAAACCAUGAAAAAAAAAAAAAAAACAACAAAAAAAAUCUGACGUUAGUAUUAAUGGUUGAAUUUUAGGCUAUCUAGUUAACUGUCAUGAAUGUGUAUAUUUGAGAGUAAAUUCUGUAGUCACACAUAGAAUGUUUUGUAAGUACACCAAAGAGCACCUGAACUGUUCAAAAGGAAGAAAUGUUCAUUUAACUGAAUGUGGAGUAAUUUUUUUUCGAUUUUGGAUGCUGUGUGACGACUAACAUAUUAUUGUAGACGAAAUAACGUUGUUCUUUAAUUUGAUAUAGGAUGUCAAAACUGUUGUAUUACAAAGGGGAAUUAGCUACUACGUGGUAAUCCUUAUUAAACAUGUAAACUUUUUCAGCUUCAUCCAAGGUAUUGUGGUGGAAAUGUACUGUCUGUGACCCCAUGAAUGUCUUCCUAUCAAUCGUUUUGUUCUUUGGCAAACACAUCUUGGCACUGAAUGCUGGACGAUACAUAUCCCCUCUGAAAAUGUUGUCUUUGGUUCUCAAAAUCGAUGCGUAGAACGUUUUGUAGAUGAAAAUGACACUAAUGGGAUCUGUGCAGAUUGUAGUUCCAUUCAGAAUAACAAUAGAACGUUUUGUGCAUUAUGCUUUUCCAUGACAAGUGGAAGUCAUUAUUUAAUCAUAAAACGACUUUAUUCAAAAUGCAGCGUACAGCAUCUGCUCUGAGAACCCUUUAACAUUCUUGUAUAUUCUUCAGUCUGCAUGGUAAUAUUGAUCCAUAAUCCAUAAAAAAAGCCUAGCUGCUUAUGUACAUGUCGUAUAAAAGUCAGAACUCAUGUAAGGGACUUUGCUAUCUUGGUUGUUCUAACAAAAAUUAUCGUCCAUAUAAGAAAUGUAACCAUGACUUCAGUGUUUUUCGAUUAUACUCCAUGAUAAAUAUACGUUAUGUGCCUGCAUUUUCCUUCCAUCAAUGCCUCAAUGUGUCAAAUAAAACAGUAUUUUUCUCUGA